UUUUAGAAAGUGUUUUAUCUGUGAUGGAAGCUGUAGGAAAAAGCAAGUCAAAAACUUCUAGAAAUACAGUUUUAUGUUUUGAUGAAAUUAAGAAACAAUAAGAUGUCAGCUGUAAAAAAGACCCAAAUCUUCUCAGCAAUGGAAUGUCCCGUCUGCUACGACAUCCUACGUCCUCCUAUUCGUCCUUGCAACCAAGGCCAUGCAAUUUGCAACGAUUGUUUGCGACAAAUAGAAAAAGCUGCUCAAAAUGUAUGCUGUCCGCUUUGUCGAAGCGGGUAUUCCUUACCACCGUCACACAUUCUGGAAACCAUCUACGACGGCUUGGAGGUGCAUUGCAAAUUUAAAACUGAGGGGUGCAAACAUUUCUGUUGGGGUAGUGAAAUGAAGAUUCACGAGAAGAAAUGCAAGUUUGGGCCUAGAACUUGUCCACGGAGGGAUCAAGGUUGUCCUUGGCAGGGACCACUUACCAUGGUAACCAAACAUUACGUGGAGACCCACUUGUAA